AGAGAAUAUCUGAGAGAGAAGAAGAGAAACUUUGAAAAUUGAAAAUCGAGAGAUAAAGAGAGAGUGGAAUCAACAGUGUGCUGAUUAGACGUCCCCUAAAGAAUUGGGUGCAAGUAUCUGGACCGGAACAGAAUCUAAAGAAGGACGAAUCUAAGAGUUGAUCCAGAACAAGCAGAGUGAUGGAGAUCAGAAUAAAGUCGACUGUGUUCUUGCUAGUUCUUCUUAUUAACGUGAUUGUUGGCAAGGAUAACCAGGAUUCCAAAGGCGAUGAGGAAAAUUACCUACAGUGCACAUGCAACUCAGGUUCCGAAAAGAGAAUUAUUGGCUGUGUUGAUGAGAAAUCUGGUACACUCCAUGAUGCAGAGAAAUGUCUGAACAGCAGAAAAGCUGAGAUACAACUUACCAGUUGUCAGAACGAGCAGUUUUGUUUAGCAAGAUGGCACCAAAAAGGCUGGACAAACUGUACUGCAACAUGCGGAGGAGGGACCCAAAAACCCAUUCUUGAAUGCAGAAGUUUCCGUAGUAAAGAUGUUAUUCCAAACAAGGCUAUUGAUGGAAAUGAUGAGCCAUGCAGCUAUGUUGCUAAGCCAAAAGAGAGAGCAUGUAACCAGAUUGAUUGUGCCCCAACUAUAGUCCAUCUUGGUUGGUCUAAGUGCUCAAGAACAUGUGGAGAUGGUAUACGAUACAGACAAGUUGACUGCUUGCAAAAACUGGCAAACGGAACAGAAGCACAAUCCAUUGAAUGCAACAUCGAAGAUGUCCAACAACUGAUGGAACCAUGUCACAAUCAGCCAUGUGACUUUAUGGGAAGUCCUUACGUCAUUGCCACUCCAAAAGUAAGAGGACGAAGGCGAUUAUCAAGAGGAACAGGUGGCCCAGUUUUACCAGCAAUAAAAGUUGGAACAGGCAAUCACUGGCAACCCAAGAAAGAAAUAGAGGUACAUGCUAUGAUUGGCGACAGAGUAUCUGCAGCUGUGGGAACAAGGGUAUUAAUCAAAUGCGUUUUUGCUGGUGUACCUGAGCCAAGGGCGACGUGGUUUUAUGGCGAAAAGAGAAUUGACAAUGACAGAUACCUGCCAUACAUUUACUCAUACAAAGAUUACGUCACAGUGCUUGAGAUACCAAAUUUGAAGAGAUUUUAUGCCGGGCAGUACUCAUGUCGCAUUGAAAACAGAUUUGGCGUUAUCAAGGCAACCACAGACGUUAGACUGAUAAAGGCUGGUGAACCAACCAUUUUCAGCGAAAGGAAGGUAGUUGAGUUCGGUCCCAAUGAUAGAGUCGUCAACAUAACAAUCGGUACAAAUGCUACAUUGUUUGAAUCAACGAAAGUAAACAUCUUGUGUCCUGUACAAGCAUAUCCUUUCCGCCUUCGGGUGCGUUGGAGAGCUAUGAAUGUAGGAACCACUCGGGGAAUUCGAAGAUACGGUUAUUAUGGCUCGGAUUUGCGAAUUCAAAGUGCACAAACUGGGCACUCUGGAACCUAUGUGUGCACUGGAGAGGCAUACCUCGGCUCUGAUUCGGAAAGCUCAACUAUCAAAGUUAUUGCUAAAGUCGCCCCGAAGAUCCAGAAAAGUAGCAAGAAGGUGUAUGGGCGAGCUGAUGCAUAUCCGUUUGUGAAUAUCACAAUUGGUGACACCUUGGUGGCAGAAAAUGGAGCCCAAAUCGAGGUGGUUUGUCCUGCCACAGGUUCACCACAGCCGAAGAUAAUAUGGCAUCGCAGAGGAGUGCCAAUUAUGUUUCCAAGUAUUAAUAUGUUCACAAAGAAGGAUGGUUCCAUUCUUGUGAUUCGAGAAAUGAAGGCCGAUGCAUCAGACACCUAUUCUUGUGUUGCAACCAACGUGGCCGGGCAAGAGUCGGUUGGCUCAAAAAUCACUGUUCUUCCUGCAGGCGCUUUCCGUCCAAAAAUAGAGGGCAGACGAGGAACUAUCUUAGUGACUGGGGAAGAGGACAGCCAGUCAGUGACCAUUGGACAAAAAGCUGAAGUAUUCGAGGGAAAACCUUUAACAGUAUACUGUCCUGCCAAAGGACUUCCUAAGCCAGACAUUUCUUGGAAAUUCGAGGGACUACCCAUAGAAGAGCUUAAAGGGGUCAAUAUGAUGGUCGACAAAUCUGGUGGGGGGUUGAUGAUUGUUCGAGUUACUAGAAAAGUGGCUGGUAGCAUCUCGUGUGUGGCUGAAAAUGUUCUUGGUGCAGUGACUAUGUCCUCUCGCAUUGAACUACAAGGCUCUUCACAACCAAAAAUAAUCUCGACCGGAAAUGAUGUCAGAGUUGGAAAGAAGGCUGUGCCCGUUAGUGCUGUGAUUGGCAAUGACAUCAAAACAUCUGGGGAUAGGAAUAUAAAACUGGUUUGUCCUGUAUCAGGUUGGCCAUCGCCUAAAGUCGUUUGGAACAAGAAUGGCAAGUCGGUUGAUCUGCCCACAAGUAAAAUGAUGGGUGGUGUCGCCAAAGGAUCCGUACUUUCAAUUGAUAAUGCUCAAGAAUCAGACAGGGGCACAUAUACGUGCUAUGCUAUUAAUCCAGCUGGAGUGGCUAUGAGCUCGUCAGAAAUAACCGUUCUUGAACCAAACUCACCUAUCAUAACAUCUGUACCAACGACGAAAAAAUUUUUGGAGAAGACAAACGUGCAAGUAGACAUUGGCACAAAUGUGACAUCUCUACUUGGUAACACAUUGACAAUUCGUUGUCCAUUCGAUGGGACUGACGACACUGGUGUAAUAUGGAGUGUCGACUCGCAACAAGUCGUUUUUAGCAAAAGGGUGUAUUUAGUUGAAGGCAAUGCUUUGAGAAUAGAAAACGUUGGUUUCUUCGACAAUGGUGUGUAUGAAUGCAAAGUCUGGAAUUCAGAGGGCCAUGAUUCAGAGAAGAGUUUGAUAAGAAUCGCAGCUCCACAUAACCAAAUCGUGAAGGCUUCAAACAAGGUUAGUAAGCUUGUGUCAUACACUGCCGAAGAAGAUCUCCAUGUCGUCAUUGGUCACAAUUUGACAGUCACAAGUGGACACAACAUAUUCAUUACAUGUCCAGUUCGUGGUGUCCUAAGACCGGUCAUUACUUGGAUGAAAGGAAACAAUGUAAUCAAAUCUGGUGAAAAUGUUUCAGUAGAAGGAGAGCAGUUGUUGCUUACAAACGUGGGUAAAGACGAUACUGGAACAUAUUCAUGUUUCGCAAGAACAAAGUUUGGCACUUCCAAUUCAAGCACCCAUCUCACCGUCAUAGUUCCAACAAGACCAAUCAUCUACAAGAGUAAUAGUGACGUCACUGGAGAUGAUGUAUCGAAAACAAAACAAAUAACAAUUGGUGAUAAAUUGUUCGCCGUCAAAGACUUGACUGUUGAAAUCAAAUGCCGAGUUUCUGCUGGCAUACCGAAACCUCGUAUAACUUGGUAUCACAACAACGGAAAGAUCGUUUCAAACGGUGUCUAUGCAACGGUUAAAGAGAACAAUGAUUUGUUGAUUCCCAAGCUAGAUGCAUCACUCCAAGGCGUCUAUAAAUGCGUUGCUGAAAACAUGAAAGGAACGGAUGAAGCUUCAACUCAUGUCAUGAUCAUGUUCAGUGUACGUCCCGACAUCACCAGAUCAUUAAACCAUUUCACUGAUCACAGCACCCCAACUUCAAAAGAAGCAGGUUCACUACUGUCAAUUAACAUAGGAGACCAGCUGAAGGCAAACGAAGGCCGUGAUGUUAUGAUUAAUUGCGUUGCCACGGGUGUCCCAAAACCAAGAAUCAUUUGGACAAAAGAUGGAAACGAUUUAGUAUCUGGUGACCGUAUCACAAUCUAUGAAAAUGGCAGCCUUUUGGUCAAAGGGGUUACAGAGGAAGACACUGGGAAUUUUGCCUGUGUUGCUAUCAAUAACAGAGGAGUAGAAACAUUCUCAUCACAGCUUAAAAUCCUAGGCAAGGGUAGAGCGAUGGUAGCAGCAGCCGAGCAAUUGGAAGAAAAAGUCCAAGUCAAUCCUUCAGAGCCUACAGUUGAAGCCAAUGUAGGUACCAACAUCACUACACUGCCUGGCAAAGAGCUGACUCUGAAUUGUCCCUCGAUCGGAAAGCCGAAGCCUAAGGUUACUUGGUAUAAGGACGCAGUUGAGUUGGAGCCAACGACACAGAUUCGCCUCGGGGAAGCUGGAGAGUUAGUGUUUAAGGGAGUUACCUAUGAAGAUGCAGCGAGAUACACAUGUGUAGCUGAAAAUGAAUUCGGCAGGGACAAAAUGUCAAGCAUCUUGAACGUUGCAACUCUUCCCGAUCAGCUUAUAGUCUCCCCAGAAAAACCAGAAAGCUCUGAUUUGCGCCCGCCAACUGUGUCAAAGAAAGUGAAACUGGACAUUGGUAUGUUUGGAGAUGUUUUGUCAGGCAAAACGGUGCAUAUUGAGUGCCCAACGAAAGGGUCAGUGAAGCCUAAGAUUACAUGGCUGUUUGAGGAAAAAGAAAUCAAGCCAAGCAAAAUCUACGGGAUAGACGACAAUGUGCUUACAAUUCGAAACCAAAAAGCCGGCGAUUAUAUUUACACCUGCCGAGCAGAAACAUUUCUCGGAUCAUCAGAAAUGCAGUCCAACGUUCGGUUCAUAGACCCUGCCGAGCCUAAGAUACAUUCAACAAAGAAGGAUAAAAUCAUAACAGAUGAGAAGAUCCGAAUUGACAUCGGAGGUAACAUCAAGAUCAAAUUCGGUAGUCAACUUGACAUCAAAUGUCCCUUCUUCGGAGUACCAACCCCAAAUGUCAAAUGGUUCAAGGGCGGAAGACCAGUGACAGACAAGGAUGGUGUUGUCACCAAAGGGUCAGGAAGUGUUCUGCGCAUUCCAUUUGUGAAAAUGGACCAUAACACUUCGUAUGCUUGUGAAGCGUCAAACGGUGUCGGAAAGAAAGCACUGGAAACGAUGUUUGUUGGUGUUUUCAAGCCCGAAAGUGCUGCAAUUAAAGUUAAACCGAUUGAAAAGCAAGCUGCCCUAACUUACCUCAAAGAUGAGUAUUUCCCUACAAUCAUCAAAGAAGAGAAUAAAACCGGAAGCAUUGGGCAAAACUACUCAAUCCUUGCCGGUAUGCAGUUGCUAUUGAACUGCCCGGUCUCUGGAGAUCCGAAACCGGAAAUUGUAUGGAAGAAGGACAACGAGCCGAUUGCAGAGAACGUUGAAACGCUCGUGUUGGAUUCAGCAACUGUUGAAAAUAGUGGUAUAUAUGUCUGUGAAGCAACUAAUGCUUUUGGUACUCAGAUGAUGGAAAGCAAAGUCAGCGUUAUGGAGCAAAGAAAACCAGAAAUUCAACGUGACCCAGCCAAAAAAGACUCAAAGACUGAAAUAAUCACGGCCAUAUCUGGCAAAGGAUCAGUUGAUAUCGACAUUGGCGACGACCUCAAGACUUUCAUUGGUACAGAAUUUACAAUAAAUUGCCCUGCUAUAGGAAUACCAGCGCCAUCAGUUUCCUUUUACAAGGAUGGUGCCCAGAUUGAGCCAAACGAUGACAUUGAAGUUGACCUUAAACGUGGUGCCCUGACCAUCAAGAAACCAACUGCUAAAGACCGUGGUCUGUAUUCGUGUGUAGCCCAGAAUUCAGCUGGUGUAUCGAACAUUUCGUCUGUCGUUGAACUCAUCGAACCGGUUGCACCUCAUAUGUCGGAAGAAGUUCCAGCUGCGUCUUACAAUUUCAAUAUUCUAAAGAGCCAAGGCGUCUUAAAAGCAUCAGUUGGCAGUGCCAAUAUUUCAUCGUUCCCAGGAACUGAAGUCUUCAUCGACUGCCCUGUGUCCGGUUUCCCACCACCAGAGGUUGUUUGGUCGAAGGACGGUAAACCAUUAAACCCGGAAUACGACCCCAUUGAAAUACGAGGCAACGGCACGCUUGUAUUGCCGCAUCUGACCAGCGAAAUGCAAGGUACAUAUGUGUGCUUAGCCGUGAAUAUGGGUGGAGGAUAUGCAAGGAACAUUACCAUUAAAGUCACUGAUCCGGUUGCACCAAUGAUAGAAAAGAGUUCCGGGCUUCGUGACGAAUCUCAAAUACUGCAAGCCAGCAUAGCAAUUGGCGAGGAUGCUGUGGUUUUAGAAGGAUCCGAAGUGACUAUUAACUGUCCACACAAAGCACAACCGGAAGGUGCUAUAAUAUGGUCCGGUCCAAACGAUUAUGGCAUGGACAGUGACGGUUUCGAAGUGUUAAAUGAGGGAUCCACCUUGAAGAUUUCCCGGGUUGACAGUAGCUUUAAUGGGUUGUUCAAGUGCAUUGUAUCCAAUGUUUUUGGCAGCGAUCAUGCAACGACAAGACUGACUGUCGUAGAAUCCUUGAAGCCGAUGAUAACCCCCGUGAUGGAGAAUGUUACCGCUACCAUGGGCAAGGAUGAUGUUGGCAUUGUCAUCGGAGGCCAUCUUGAAGCGCCUGCAGGAGUUUUGGUUAAAAUCGCCUGUCCCGUAAGUGGUGUGCCUAGGCCAAAUGUGAAGUGGCUCUUCAACGGGCGCCUUGUGCAUCAGACUAAGAUGCAGAGUGACAGUGAAGCAGCAACCUACGUCAUCAACAAGCUGACUUUAAAAGACACUGGCAUGUACACAUGCAUUGCUGAAAACGUCAUCGGGCGCCAAGAAGCGUCUACCUACAUCUCUGUCGGAUUGGUACCAAACAUCCAAUCACUUGCUAAGAGUGAAAUAUCUGCCUUGGCAGAGGACUCUGUAACAAUACCAGUUGGCGCAAGAUCGGUUGUCAAAACAACGACAAAUGUAGUGCUACAGUGUUUCGCACAUGGCAUUCCAAUGCCUCUAGUCAAAUGGUACAAAGACGGCAACCUUGUUGAUGUGGAUCGUCGCUAUACGUCAUUGAUCAAUGGCAUGCUUGAAAUCCGAUCUGUUACUGCAUUAGACGAUGGGACAUUUACUUGUGUUGCUAAGAACAAAUUCGGUACAAAGAAAGCCAAAGCAACUUUGAUAGUUGUAGACCCACCAAGGAUCGUCGGCAGUCGUGGAAACAGAACCGAAAUCAAAUCAAAGAGCAACCUUAUUGAGGCCAUAGUUGGUGAAACAAUUACUGUCCUACGGGGUGUACAGCUGAUUGUCAGAUGCCCUGUGAAAGGUAUACCAACCCCUAGCAUUCUGUGGAAGCGUCUUAAUGCCUAUCACAAUAUCGACCCCCGUGUCAGCAUCACAGCAGACCACAGUCUUAGGAUACACGAUGUUAGCUCGUUUGAUGCGGGUACCUAUGUCUGCAUUGCUAAGAAUAAGGCUGGCCAGGAUACGGCGCAAUUGCGCGUGCUUGUUGCUGAACCACCUUCAGCGAAAUUAUCGACAAACUUUAGAGCUCGCGCUCCUUCGGUUGAUUCAACGAACCGAAUUGUAGUAUCGAGAAACAAGAGUGUCACAAUCAUUUGUACAGUGCAAGGGACACCACUUCCGUUGAUCAGAUGGUUCAAAGAAGGGGUAGAGAUAAAUGUUGAUGGAACCAAGUAUCACAGCGAAGGAGAUGAGCUCUUUAUAAAAGCAGUGACGAUGAAGGAUGCAGGCACAUAUCGCUGUGUUGCUGAGAACAUGGCUGGAAAAAACAGUGCAACAUUCAACUUGAUUGUCGGAGAUGCACCACGGAUAGUGAAAGGCAAAGGGGUUGUGCUUAAGCACUCGGCAACGACAUUGAAAGCUAUUGUUGGUCAGUCAAUUUACAUUCGCCAUCAUUCAGUGUUGAUGAUCUUUUGUCAAGUUAAAGGAACGCCUUCUCCAGUCGUCAGCUGGAACAAGAAUGGAAAAGAAGUCGACCGAAGCCUUAUGGUGGAAGAAAACAAGAUUCUUUUGCUUAAAGACGUUUCUUAUGCCGAUGCUGGUAACUACACGUGCAUGGUUGAAAGUGACCUUGGAUCAGAUCAAGCCACUUCAGAACUUGUUGUUGUUGAACCCCCUGCUGUUAAAUCCCUGGAUACUAAAGACAUUGGUGACAAUGAUGGACAUGUCAAUAUUUUGCUUGAUCCAGCCAAAGUGAAAAGUGUUGAUGUCAUACAAGGCGAAACCGUAAAACUCAUGUGUGUCGCUGAAGGAUAUCCGAUGCCAAAGAUUGAAUGGUUAAAAAAUAUGCAUAAAAUAAAGUCAAAUGCAGGCGAUGUUUCAUUGUCAGAAAAACGUAGCAUUGUCAACAAAGGAAAUAAGGUUGUUGGCAGGGUCUAUGCUGCACUCACAAUGAAGGUUUCCAAGUCUGUGUACACCGUUGGAUGCAAAGUUCAAAAUCCUUCAGGAAAAUCGAUGGCCGAAAUAAAACUACACCAUCACGCACCGCCAAAAUCGCCUUACACCGGGGUCUGGGUUACUAAAGAACUGGAAAGCUGCGACGGCGAAUGUGUCAGGCCUUUCUAUGCUAUGGGAAGUUUACAGAUGCAAUGUCUGACAUUUGGAGGCAAAGAGGUUCCAGCAGAAAACUGUGAUCCUAAGAAAAAACCAGCCAAAACGAGGGAGUGCAAAACUAAACGAUGUGCCACAAACUGGAAAGUUGGCCCUUGGGAAGAAUGCUCUUCUACAUGUGGAAAUAGUGGCUUUAGAAAGCGAGUCGUCAAAUGCAUGUUCAUGGCUGGUUCAAAAAUUACCAAAGAUGAGCAUUGCCGACACAUUACAAAGCGAACACCACGCAGAUCAGAGCCUUGCAAUCGAAUUAGAUGCGUAAAACACGUCUGUAAAGAUGUUUACAAGUACUGUGGUCUCGUCAUAGCACAGGGAUAUUGCAAGCUUGAGUGGGCAAAAAGGAGCUGUUGCGUCACAUGUGGUAAAAAAUUUUAAAAGUAGAAAAUACCAAUAGAUACUUAGAGGUAACAUGAAUAUUCGCAUCGCCUGCGACAAGAUCAGCCACGCACAUCGCAUAGGUAUCUUAUGAUCUUUGUUGUGCAGAAAAUGAAUGCAUCUUACAAAGACGAGAGCUGUAGGUAGACGGUGGAUAAGCCAUUUUUGAAUUGUGCAAACAGUCCUCCUUAUCUUCCUUAUCCUGGUAACUAUCCCAGUAUGUUCCAUUGUUAAACGCUUCUUUCUCAUCUAUGUUGUGCUCAAUAUUGGGGGUUUUAGGGGGCAGUAAAAGUGAUGUCAUUUGAGUUUUGGGUGGGGGCAAUUUCCUCACAAAUCAGUGCAGUUAAAAAAAACUGAAAAACGGCCUAGUUAUAAAGUAUGUUUCGCAAGAUAAUGGGAUGAAACUCUUUUAAAAAUUUUCUGGGAAUGAAAUAAGAUGAGGGGCUGCAAGUCGACUUUAAAAGUUUUCUCCAAAUUUUGGGUCUCAUUAGGAAAUGUACCAAAAGCUGCAAUUUGUUGUUACAUUCCCUGUUACAAAAACCAAAUUAGCAGUGCUAAUUUGUCUACUUCAAAAAUGUUUGAAAUUUCUAAUCAAUAUAAGAUUUGAUUACAUUUUCAGUAAAUGGACCCCCGUGCUUGCAACAUUUUCAAUGUUGCAGCAUUUUAGUCAUGGCAUCUCUCGUCUUUUUGUCAAAAUGCAUCAUUUUCUGUAGAGAGAAACCGAUAUCAUGUUUAAAUUAUGUGAAUAAAUAUUUUUGUGAACGAAAACGUUUUUAGAGUAAAUUUGUAAACUUUGUGAGACAUUUUAAUGUGCGAUAUUUUCUAUGUUUUACUAUUUUAUUAGAGCUUUUCCCUUUAUUUAUUUAUUUUGUUAGCUACAUUGGGUCUGGUUGGGUAGCUUUGCACCAGUUGUUAAAUAUUUAGCAAUGAAGUAUUAAUAUAAGACAUUAUAUGGGGCACUUUGGGGUGACGAAGGAGGGAGCAGUUUUCUAAACACAAACGUCUAUGCUAGCGAGAAUCAAAACAUUUUUUUUCAAUACUUAUGGCGUUCGCUUGAAAGGCCUUACCUGUGAUGGCUGAAAAAGCAUAAUUGCAUGUUUACGAUGAAAUCGUCAAUUCAAAUGUUACUUUGAAAUGGCUUCAUUUAUCAAACGUUUCCCCUCCUGCAAGCAUUUUUCACCGGCGAUAAAUGCCAAAAACCCGGAGCCAAUCGUCUUAGGCCUGCACUUCUAGAACACAGUUAGGCACUGCACUCCAUUAAUGAUGUGUGGCUAAAUUUUAGCUUGGUGUUGUUUAGGUAAAGUACGAUACGAAUGUUGAAUUAAUUGUAGAACAUUUUUCUUUUACGGUUCUUUUAGAACUCAAUGGUAUAUCUCGGAGAUAAAAUUGUAUUCCUAGUUACAAUUAACUAAACAUUAAUAGUUAUUGUUUCUUACUGUUUUCUUGGUGGUAGAAUUAAAUUGUUUUUGUAAUUAUUUAGUGUUUUUGUCGA